AUGUACGUCGUAGACCACGCAAGGACGAAGGAGAAGUUUGAAACGACCGUUUGUUCCAAAUUGGAAGGGUACGCCAUUGCUUUCUUCCGUUCUUUCUCUUCACUGUGCACUAACGAGGACGAUGCUUCGGAAAACCUCAGUGUGACCCAGGCUGCCAAGUUGGAGUUCCUCGCGCCCUCCGCCGAUGAAGACACCGCACUCCAACGUCACCUUUGCCUCCAACCCCACCUCAAACUCCUACCCACCCUCUGCUUCAGCUUCGGGCUCGACACCGGCAUCGGGUUCGACGCCACACCCCUUUCACUCGAGUCCGAACCUAGGUCCCUCAAAUCCGUCCGCUAA